AUGGCGACAUUUUUCUCCCUCACUACCCCAGUAGGGAUUGCAAUUGGUAUUGGCAUAUCAACCGGUUACAAUGGUAAUUGUCCCACUGCUCUAAUUGUUGAAUGGAUUUUCAAUGCUGCUGCAGCUGGGAUAUUAAUUUACAUGGCUCUUGUUGACCUACUGGCAGCAGAUUUCAAUGCAAAGCAGCAUGAGGAUCCAAUCAGCUGCAUAUAUUUCACUUCUUCUAGGGUCUGGCUGCCUUGGGAAGCAAACAAAGUUGUGCAUGCUUUAGCCCAGCUUGCUUUGAAUUUAGAAUCCAGUUUUUAUUGGCUGGAAGAGGCAAUUUGGCUUGAUUCUCCUCUUCAAGACGACAUGGAUGUCUCUUCUGAUUUCUAUACAGCCUUUCAAUCCAAAAAGGAAAAACUUCAUAUUUACUUAUCAGGAAUGGUGAAAGUCAUGAAUCGAGAAACUUGA